AUAGCAUGUCGUCCAAGAUCUUGAAAAAAAGUCACAGUAUAGCAUGUCGUCCGAAAUCCUGAAAAAAAUCAUAGUAUGGGGCGUCGGUGGCUUAGUGGUAGAGCAAGCGCCCCAUGUACAAGGCUGUUGCUGCAGCGACCUGGGUUUGAAUCCAGCCUGUGGCCCUUUGCUGCAUGUCUCUCCCUCUCUCUCUCCCCCCUUCACACUUCACUAUCCUGUCAAUUAAAGGCAAAAAAUGUCCAAAAAAAUAUCUUUAAAAAAAAAAAAAGUCAUAGUAUAGCAUGUCGUCCAAGAUCUUGAAAAAAAGUCAUAGUAUAGCAUGUCGUCCGAAAUCCUGAAAAAAGUCAUAGUAUAGCAUGACGUCUGAAAUCCUGGAAAAAGUCAUAGUAUGGGGCGUCGGUGGCCCCAUGUACAAGACUGUUGCUGCAGCGGCCCGGGUUUGAAUCCAGCCUGUGGCCCUUUGCUGAAUGUCUCUCCCUCUCUCUCUCUCCCCCCUUCACACUUCACUAUCCUGUCAAUUAAAGGCAAAAAAUGUCCUAAAAAAUAUCUUUAAAAAAAAAAAAAAGUCAUAGUAUAGCAUGUCGUCCAAAAUCUUGAAAAAAUGUCACUAUGGUAUGCCAGAAAAGGUCCCUCCUGUGUCUCUACUCUUUUGGGUGUGCUUGUGCUUUCUCCUCCCCUUGCAGGUAGUGGGGCUGGCAGUGCGCAUCACAAGGAAGCUGGCUCACCGGGGCUGAUCAGCUUGCAAGCCUACAAAGCUGGGUUGUUCAGUCUGCCUCCCUCUCUUGCAGCUUUCUCAGCUCCCUCAUUGUUCUUUAGUUUGACUGAUUUGAUUUGUCUUUUCUUUCAGCAUGCAACAUCUCCAUGCACCAUUUUCUCACUGGAGACAUGCCAUGUGCCAGCCUGCUUCAAGACCGGGUUGUCACAACUCAAGGCCAUCACUGACCCUCUCCUGGACCCCCUGCAGUUAGCCUACAGAGCCAACAGGUCUGUAGACGCUGUCAACAUGGCCCUCCACUUCACCCUCCAGCAUCUGGACUCCCCAGGAACCUACGCCAGGAUCCUGUUUGUGGACUUCAGCUCUGCCUUAAAUACAAUCAUCCCGGCUCUGCUACAUGACAAGCUCUCCCAGCUGAGUGUGCCUGACUCCACCUGCAGGUGGAUCACUGACUUCCUGUCUGACAGGAGGCAGCACGUGAAGCUGGGGAGACAUGUCUCUGACACCCGGACUAUCAACACUGGAUCCGCCCAAGGCCGUGUUCUUUCUCCUCUGCUUUUCUCUCUGUACACCAACAGCUGCACCUCCAGUCAUCAGUCCGUCAAGCUCCUGAAGUUCGCGGACGACACCAUCCUCAUUGGACUCAUCUCUGACGGGGAUGAGUCCGUCUUCAGGUGGGAGAUUGACCAGCUGGUGAACUGGUGCAGGCUGAACAACCUGGAGCUCAACGCUCUUUAGACAGUGGAGAUGGUUGUAGACUUCAGGAAGAACCCAGCCCCGCCCACCCCCAUCACCCUAUAUGAGUCCCCAGUCAACACUGUGGAGUCAUUCCGCUUCCUGGAGACCACCAUCACCCAGGACCUCAGGUGGGAGCUGAACAUCAGCUCCUUUAUAAAGAAAGCACAUCAGAGGAUGUGUUUCCUGCGGCAGCUGAAGAAGUUCAACCUGCCAAAGACAAUGAUGGUGCACUUCUACUCUGCUAUCAUUGAGUCCAUCCUCAUCUCCUCCAUCACCAUCUGGUACGCUGCUGCCACUGCCAAGGACAAAAGCAGACUGCAGCGUAUCAUUUGCUCCGCCGAGAAGGUGAUUGGCUGCAAUCUGCCCUCCCUCCAGGACCUGCACGCCUCCAGGACUCUGAGGCGUGCAGGAAAGAUUGUGGCUUAUCCCUUCCCUACCUGGACACAAACUCUUUGAGACUCUCCCCUCUGGCAGGAGGCUGCGGUCCAUCAGGACCAAAACCUCACGCCACAAAAACAGUUUCUUUGUAUCUGCAGCUGGCCUCAUCAACAAGACCAGAGACCCUCACCUACUCUGCCUCCCACCCCCCCUUUAACACACAGUCGGACAUCUCUUCAUUAUCUUGGUCAUUCACCUGUCAUACACUGCAUUCUGUUGAUUUUGCACAUCUGUUCUUUGCACAACUGUUAUUUGUACACAACCCUAUUCAUGUUUACAGUGUACAUAUUAUUUAUAUUAUUAUUAUUAUUAUUAUUGUUAUUUGCAUUCAGAUUUUAUAUUUAAUUGUUUAUAGUAUUUCCUUUUUAUACGUAUGCUUCUAAUUACUCUAUGUUUUUUAUAUUCUUUGUUAUGCACCAAUACACCAAACCAAAUUCCUUGUAUGUGAAAAGCUACUUGGCAAUAAAACCAAUUCUGAUUCUGAAUCUGAUUCCACUCAUGCUGGCACUUGCAUACAUCACUGAUUUUACUGAUUGUCCACAUCUCAUUAAUUUGUUGUGUAAAAUAACAUUAUUUAAUAAAUUGUUUCA